AUGCGGGCGUGGGACUACCUAACGUUGGUGAAGCAGAGUACACAGGAGUUCGCCCUCUGGUACAGAACAUCGAGCAUAGGUCACCGGAACUUUGUGUGGGUAUUUGUUGGUUGCUUAUGUGGAUACGCGUAUGGCAGCCUGGAGUAUAUUAAGAAAAAGAAAGGGAAGGGUAUGUAUGCGGAUUUAAUUUAUGUGGAUGAGUUCAUUGUGGAUGAGAACAAUAUACGGAACUUUGAAAAAAGUUACAACCAUCUGAACAUCCAAUCGUUCAAGAGCAAAGGAUAUGAGUACACAAAACUUUUUAAGGCAAUAAAUUUAAAAAACUCGCCCCUCAGCUACCUUCAGUUGAGGCUCUGGAACAAUAGAGACUCCUAUGAGGCCUACUUGAAAAGCGAGGAUAUUCAUCGUCUCACUGAAAAUAUGAAGAAGCAGUGUAUAUUUCACUCUACAGAUAAGUACGAAACGAUUGUAGACGAUUCCAUUGUCCGUUUAAUUCCGUAG